CAGAAUCUCUCUCUCUCUCUCUUGCCAUCUUCAAGUCAUUAAUUAUUUUCAGUUCAAUUCCUUAACCGGCACCCACCUUAUCCUGAUCCUACACUCACCCUCUCUCUUCUAUUCUGUAUGUGUUCUUCUUUGUCACGCCGUGUUUCUCUCCACAAUACGAAGUCGUUUUCGGCCGUUUGAUGAGAAGAAGAGAUUCUCUGAGAGAGAACGACAGAAAUAGACGACGAGGACGAAGGAGGAGGAGGAGAAGGAGAAGGAUAGGGGAGAAAAGUGAGAAAGGGUUGUUAAAGUAAUGGAAGUGCUGGUGGGCCCCACUUACAGCAUGGAGGUGUCUGUGUCGUCACGGUCACCAUCUCCGUCGUCGUGCUUCCGAGACCGAAGCGGUGUUGCUGCGGCGAAAGAUAAGUCGAUGUGUUUGUUCUUGAAGGAAGAUCGUCAUGAGACCAACGGAGAGAAACUCAGUUCCGGGUAUGGGUCGGAUGAUUGUACGGAUAGUUCGUCGUCGUCGAUCGGGGAUGCAGGUGACAGCGAAGACGAAAACGACGACGUUUCAAAGUUGAAAAAGCCGACGCUUUCUUUGGAUUCAUUAGAAGACUCUCUUCCGAUAAAGAGAGGAUUAUCGAAUCACUAUAAUGGGAGAUCGAAAUCAUUUGCGAAUCUGUCAGAUGUGAACUCAGUGAAAGAUCUUGGGAAGGAAGCGAAUCCAAUUAACAAGAGAAGAAGAUUGCUGAUAGCGAACAAGUUAUCCAGAAACAGUAGAAGAUCGUCCUUUUACUCAUGGCAGAACCCAAUAUCUAUGCCUAUUCUUCCUGCUCUUGAAGAAGAAGAAGACGAAGAAGACGAAGAAGAUCAUCAUCAUCAUCCUCAUCCUCAUCAGCUUCAAAACUUGCCUUCUUUUAAACAACAAACAAAGGAUGAAGAAGAAGAAGAAGAAAAAGAAGAAGAAGAAGAGAAGAAUCCAUGGUAGUAUGUUUAGGUUAACCUUUUAUUUUAUUUAAUAUUGUCUGUCAAAAAAUUAGAACUAAAUUUUAUAAUGAAUGUAAAUAAAUAAUAAAAAUGAAAAAAAAAAAAAAAACAAUGAAUGUUUCAAGCUCCAAGAUAUCAUUAGUAUAAGACUAGAGUUGCAAUCUAAUUAAGUUGUUUGUGAUUUACUUUCAAUUUUUAAUAGUUUGAUUUGAUUAUUGUUAAAUCAA